AUUUCCAUUUUGCUUGUUGUUCUCCUCUUUACAGACACAUCAAAUCAUGCGCCAUUCUGGGAGGACGAGAUCUUCAGAGGGGAGAUCAACGAACACGGGAGGCUGGAGAUGCUUCCCCCAGCCCUGGUCGCCCACGAUCAUGACGAGGGCGCCAAUGGAAAAAUCUGUCAUUUUAACAUCUUAGAAAGCGUACCAUUUACUGCCAGCGUGCAGGCCGGAGCGACGGGCGGGGCAGGGACCAUCGAGGCGGUCAGCGGCGCCAUCAACGCGGCGGUCAAAGACUGCGACGAAAAUAGGGAGUGGAAAUUUCAUAUUCAGGCGUCCGACUGCGGCACGCCCUCUCUCCCCUCCCCAACAGCGCAAGUUCAUAUCGUCAUGCGCGACCCAAAUAAUAACAAGCCACGCUUCUUACAAAAUUCGUACGAAGCGACGGUAGAAGAAGGCACGGUGCCUCAUAAAUUUCUCCAGAUUCAAGCGGUCGACGACGACUGCUCGCCUGGAUUUUCCACGAUCUGCAGCUACGACAUUAUGACCCCGGGAAUGCCCUUUAAAAUUGACAUCAAAGGUCGCAUUUCUGCCGUCACAAAAACAUGAUGCUGGAAAGGAAAA